UUGACUUUUGAGUGACUCGGCCCAAAACAAGUUUGCAACUGGCGGGCUCUCGACCAACGCCACCGUGAACGGUGUCGCUGACGGCGGCGCAAGCGAUGAGAACGAGACCAACCGCCGUGUUCAUGGCCUUCGGUACCAGAGGCGACGUUAAUCCGAUCGCCGCACUCGCGGCAGCUUUUGCUUCCGAUCAGCAGCAGUAUCAAGUUGCAUUCGUAACUCAUUCAGCGCACGAGAAUCUGAAGGGUCAAUUGGAAGCAAAAGGAGUUGUGUACUUUCCAAUUUCUUCACCGCCUGUUUUGUCUUCUCAGCUACACAGUGAUACAGGUUCUAGAGAGAAAUCUUUUUUUUAUCUGCAGAAGAAAGAAAUCACAAGAAAACACAGACAUGAAUGUCUUUUAGUUGUUGAAAAGAUAUAUGGAGAAGGCACAAUCAUGGACGGUGAUCUUAUCAUCAUCAAUUUCUUUGCUAUGGAGGGUUGGAGUCUUGCAGAACUUUUUCAUAUCCGAUGUGUUGUUGCUGCUCCUUAUGUCAUUCCGUACAGCGCCCCCUCAUCUUUUGAACGCCAAUUUAAGAGUGAACUUCCUCUUUUAUACAAAUAUCUUCAUGAAGCUCCAACUGGUAAGAUUGGAUGGGAAGAUAUAAUUCAUUGGAUGUGGCCACUUUUCACUGAUGAUUGGGGAACAUGGAGAAGCGUUGAUCUUCAGUUGAGCUUCUGGCCCUUUACGGAUCCAGUAACUGGCCUUCCAACAUGGCAUGAUAGGCCUUCGUCUCCCUUGCUAUUGUAUGGCUUUAGCCGAGAAGUUGUCGAUUGCCCUGGUUACUGGCCAUCGGCAGUUCGAGUUUGUGGUUUUUGGUUUCUCCCUGUUGAAUGGCAGUUCUCCUGCACCAGGUGUGCAGAAAUUUCAUCUUUGAUUUGUACGAGGAAAUUGAAUGCUGGAGACGAGUUGUGUUCAAUUCAUGCCAAGUUAAAAUACUUUCUGGAUUCUUCUGUAGAGCGGCCUAUUUUCAUUAGCAUGAGUUCUGUUGGUAGCAUGGGUUACCUGAGGAAUCCCGAAGCAUUCCUUCGUGUCCUGGAAAAUGUUCUGAAAAUCACGAAUCAUAGAUUUAUUCUGUUUACGGCUGGUUAUGAACCUUUAGAUGCUUCUGUCAAAAUGUUUGCUCAGACGCCAUCAGCUCCAGAACAAAUGCAAUCUACUGAAAUUCAGUGUUCCCUAUUUGACGGCCGGCUAUUUUGCUUUUCUGGUGCUGUACCAUACAACUGGCUAUUUCCAAGAUGUGCUGCUGCUAUCCAUCACGGGGGAUGUGGAGCCACUGCCGCUGCUCUUCGUGCAGGAAUUCCUCAGGUUAUCUGUCCGUUUAUUAUGGAUCAGUUUUAUUGGGCAGAGAGGAUGUUUUGGCUUGGUGUUGCCCCAGAGCCACUAAACUCCACUUGCUUGCUCCCCGAUAAAGAUGACGACAGCUGUAUCUUGAAAGCAGCAAAUGGGCUUGUGGAGGCUAUUGAUUGUGCAUUGUCUUGUGAAGUCAAGUCUCGGGCUACAGAGAUUGGUAAUAGAAUAUCCACUGAGGACGGUGUCUCGACAGCUUUGCGGAUAAUUAAAGACGAGAUUAUCUCUAGUGGUGCUACCAAUUAAUUUGGGAUAAAUCAGUAGGCCAUGUGGAAACGAAAGAGUAAUGUGUGAAAAAUACCACUUCCGAGGCAAAAUCAAGGUUUGGAGAAUAAAUUAAAAAGGUGGUUUUGGCGGUGUGUACAAUAUUGGUCAUAACUCACUCAUAUGAACUCCAAUUUAUUCGAUUCUAGCGGCAUUAUGAAUCUAUUUGGAAGAGCUACAACUCCUAUUUCAGGACCAUUAUCCAAAUUUCGAUCCGACCAACGAAAUAGAAGGGUUGAACUACUUUACAUUCGGACUGCAGUCCGAGAAUCACAAUUCGCCAUGGGACCGCGGUUCGAGAGCCUAAUUUCCAAAAAUCGGGAUUUUUAUUGCAAUAGGAAUGUGUUUCUUACGUACUCACCUAGUCUUGCGCCUUUGUAAACAUCUUUCCCACAUCAUAACACGCGUUUUUAGCACCGGGGAAGAGAAAGGACGAUCACGAGGAUGAUGGAAAUCCGACAAACAUUCACUAUAAUAUUAUCUUCUUCUUCUAUUUCUUCCAUAUACGAACUAUAUUCAUGUGUGCAAUUUCGUAAUAUU